ACGCACAUACGUCCGUAUUACAUUCUAUUAAACGAUGUGAUCGGAGACAGUGUUCAACAGUUAUUGAAAAUAGUCACGUAUCCACGUACUUAUAUGUCGGCGAGAUUAUUUGCUCAAUCAAUUUCAAGAUUGCGACAAUUGUUAAAUAAUUUUAAUUACAAUAAGAAUUACAUCUUCUAAAUGAGAAGAGGUUAAACCCCGAUCGACAACGUGAGCAAAGAGAAACUGGAUUUCCUUGGGAUCAGAAGAUAUAAAAAACAUAUUUCAUUAUGAACAAAGUCCAUGAUAUCCAGAUAACUGUACCUAAUUACUCACACGUCUUCAACAUCGAGAAAACAUACUUUUAUCCAGAUAAUCAAGCGUGGAUCACGAAUAAUUUUUCCUACUGUUUCUAUUGUUGUGGCAUUUACUUGAUUCUAAUUUUUGGCGGAAAAUAUUACAUGUCAAGUAGACCAAAAUUCAAUCUGAGAGGUCCACUUGCAUUAUGGAGCGGAUUGCUCGCAACGUUCUCCAUUAUUGGAUUUAGUAGGACAGCACCGGAAUUGUUCCAUGUAUUGCAACACCAUGGAUUUUACCAUAGUGUUUGUACACCAAGCAACCUGCUUGAAGAUUGUGUUUCUGGUUUUUGGUCAUGGAUGUUUAUCUUAUCAAAGAUUCCAGAAUUAAUUGAUACAUUCUUCAUUGUGUUACGAAAACAGCCAUUGAUAUUUCUUCAUUGGUAUCACCAUUUAUCUGCCUUUCUUUUUGUAUGGUACAUAUAUGCAGAAACUGUAGCAACUACAAGAUGGUAUUUCACAAUGAACUACUUUGUUCAUUCUGUGAUGUAUUCUUAUUACUCUCUGAAGGCAAUGCAAUACAAAUUACCAAAAAGUGUGGCCGUGAUGAUCACCAUGUUACAGAUAGUGCAAAUGAUAAUGGGUGGCACUGUAACUACUGCGGCUUAUUAUUAUCGAAAAAGUGGUCAUUUUGAAUGUUAUAUGUCACAGGAAAAUUUCAUUGUCUGUUUCUUCGUGUAUUUUAGCUAUUUGGUCAUUUUUGUUAAAUUAUUUUAUAAAAAUUAUCUGUCUGGAAAAAGUGCAACUGAGGAUGAGAAAAUUCGUUUCGCUGAAAUAGCGACAUAUGCUAACAAGAAGGCUAAUUAAUCCUCCGAUUACUAAAGC